AUGUCCCUCACGAGCGUGUCUCUGAACGAAGCCCUCCAGGUCGGAGGCACUGUCCAGAACGAUCUCUUCUCGAUCCUCCUCGCCUUUCGUAAGCACCCUGUCGCCUUCACCGCAGACCUCUCGAAAAUGUACCGCCAGAUUCGCGUGGCCUUGUCUGACACUCGCUUCCAACGAAUCUUCUGGCGGGCCGAUCCGUCCGAGUUCAUCCGUGUCCUCGAACUCACCACGGUGACCUACGGAACUGCGUCCGCACCCUUCCUUGCUACGCGAUGUCUGGUCCAGCUCUGCGACGACGAAGGUGAAAAUUUUACGCUAGCUGCCAAGAUUGUGCGCGAGGCCUGCUACGUCGACGAUAUCUUGUCCGGUGCGAGCUCCCCCAAAGAAGUGAUAGACUGUCUGACGCAGCUGCAAGGCCUGCUCAGUCGCGGCGAAUUUCCUAUCCACAAGUGA